GCAGCUGGUGCUGCGAUACCGGGCUCCGAUUUAAGCACACCACUGCGCCGCAUCGGUCUCACUCCGUGACCAGUGUGACAAUCAUGGCGCGUCUCUGUCUGCUGAUGCUGGCCUGUGUGGCCUCGGCCCUGGCCCUUCACCGGGUGCCUCUGAAGAAGCACGAGAAGCCAAGGAACCUGAUCAGGGCCACUAAUGCCGGUCUGAACAGGAAGUACAAGGCCCUGGGCAACGGUACUGAUGAGGAUCUCAAGAACUACAUGGAUGCCCAGUACUAUGGCCCGAUCGAUAUCGGUACCCCUGGUCAGACCUUCACGGUCAUCUUUGACACGGGCUCCUCCAACCUAUGGGUGCCCUCCAUCCACUGCAAGAUCCUCGACAUCGCCUGCCGCGUGCACAAUAAGUACGACGCUUCCAAGUCGUCCACGUACAAGGAGGACGGCACAGAGUUCGCUAUUCAGUACGGAUCUGGAGCUCUGUCGGGCUACCAGUCUAUCGAUACCGUCACCGUCGCCGGCCUGGCCAUCAUCGACCAGACUUUCGCCGAGGCUACCUCGGAGCCCGGCCUUGCUUUCGUGGCCGGCAAGUUCGACGGCAUUCUCGGCCUGGGCUACGACACCAUUGCCGUCAACGGCGUAGUGCCGCCGUUCUACAACAUGGUCAGCCAGGGACUGGUCGAAGAGCCGGUGUUCGCGUUCUACCUGAACCGUGACCCGGAGGCGGAGCUCGGCGGCGAGCUGACUUUCGGAGGUACUGACCCCAACUACUACACCGGCGAGUUCUCCUAUGUUCCUGUCAGCCGUAAGGGCUACUGGCAGUUCAGUAUGGACGGAGUCAGCGUUCCUGGUGCCGAGAGUGAGAUCUGCAGCGGCGGCUGCGAGGCUAUCGCCGACUCUGGCACCUCCCUCAUCGCUCUGCCCUCUGCGGACGCGCGGACCAUCAACCGUGCCAUCGGGGCCAUCCACGUGCCCCUUACUGGAGAGUGGCUGGUAAUCUGCUCCGAGAUCCCGACCAUGCCGGCCGUCACCUUCACCCUGGCCGGCAAGCAGUACGUCCUGGAGGCGGAGGACUACGUCAUCCAGAACACGCAGGACGGUCAGACCCAGUGCAUCUCUGGAUUCAUGGGUAUCGACAUCCCCGGAAACCCGCUCUGGAUCCUGGGUGACGUCUUCAUGGGCAAAUACUACACCGUCUUUGACCUCGGCAAUGACCGCGUGGGAUUCGCCGACUCUGCCUGAGAUGAAUGUGCCGCAACUGGUCACAAAUGUACCGUGCCGUGAAGUGAUGUCAUACAACAGCUGACGGCGAAGGAAACGGAAGUGUUGGAAAGGGAUGUGCUGUGCAAUAUUGCGCAGAAAUACAAUGUAAGAAGGAAAA